AGUGGGUUUAUUCGAACCCUUUGAAGAAACCCGAACCCUCACACCCUGUGCGGCGCCCCCUCAUCAAUGGCGAAAGGAUCAAACAGUCGAAAAAGCAACAAGAAAACCCCUCAAAAACCACUUCCUGAUUUCUCCGAUUCCGAUUUGGACGACGAUAUUGAUGUUUUUCAUAAGCAGAGAGACGUUGUUCCAUUGGAUUUAGAUAAUGAUGUUGGGGAUUCUGAUGAAGAUAAUGAUCAACAUGUCUUUGAACUUGAGGAUGAUAGUGAUGAUGAUGAGGAUGAGGAUGAAGAUGACUCUGAGGAGGACACAGGCUUUGCUGCAAAAAUCGCGAAGCAACAGAAAAGUUUAAAAGCAAAGCUUGGUGGGGCCGAGGAUGAAACACAAGAUGAUGUCGAGGAUGAUGAAAGGAAACCUAUUGCAUGGGGAAGGGGCAAAAACAUAUAUUAUGGACGAGAUACGGGGGAUUCGAGUGAGGAGGAGCAAGAAGAAGAGAUUAGGAGGCAACUAACCGAAAAAGAAAAAAAAUAUUCAAACGCAGAUCUCGGUCUUGAAGAUGAUAGUGAAGAAGAACCUACAUUCGAGAAUUUGAGUAAGGGAAAAGGCCGAUCAAAAGCUACGGUAGGCCAUGACGCCCAAGAUGAAACCGACACUGAGGUAGUUACGAAGGAUCCAAAUGCUUUGUCAAAAGAAGAACAAAUGGAUGUUGUAUACAAUUCAGCUCCGGAAUUAGUCGGUUUGUUGUCAGAGUUAAGUGAAGCUGUUGACCAGCUUGAGACUAAAAUUGACCCGAUUAUAAGCAAGCUUAAAGAAGUAAAGAGUAUAAAUAAAAAUGGCGUACAAUAUAUGGAGGUGAAGAAACAACUUCUACUGUCGUAUUGUCAAGCAAUCAGCUUUUAUCUUCUUCUCAAAUCCGAAGGUCAUCCAGUUCGUGAUCACCCCGUUCUUGCUCGCAUCGUGGAGAUUAAAAACUUGUUAGAUAAAAUGAAAACACUCGAUGAAAAUCUAGCAUCUGACGUUGAAGAUUUUCUCAAGAACCAUGCUACUGCUAAAACGGAGGAUUCUCCUAUGGAGAUAGAAGCGGUUGAAUCGAUUUCUUUAAUCAAUGAUUCAAGUACCACCGAAACACAAAAAGAAUCUCCUGUGGUACCGAAGACGGAUUCUACAUUGGAUCUUGACAACGGAGGAAAACGUAAGCCCGGGAGUGAAAAAAUUGGGUUGCAGAGUGCGGAAAUGUUGAAAGUAAGAGCUGCACUUGAGGAGAAAUUGAAGCAGAAAGGUGUAUUCAACUUAAAGGCGACACAAACCGAUGGGGUUAAGAAGAAUUCAAAACCAUUAAACGGAAAGCUAGAGACCCGUGAUGAUUUCGAUGAUGAUACUUUCGAUAUCGAAGGAAACCAAAAUAAAUCGUUAAAUAAACUGUCUCAGCUUGUAACGCAGAAGAAAAAACCGAGGGUUGUAUCUGGAGAUGAUGAUUUACCUACACGAGAUGACAUCGGAGAAAGGCGAAGAAAACACGAAAUGCGCGUUUUGACAAACGCUGGAAUUCACUCUGACGAUGAUGAUCUUCAAGAAAAUGAGCGUGAAACCUCGGAAGUUGACGAAGACGGUGAGACUGAAGAUGGUGAUAGCGACUCAGAAUCCGAUCUUUACGAACAAACCAAAUUGAAACGCGAUGCCAAAUUAGCUGCUAAAUCACAGAAAUAUUCCAGAACUACACCUUCAGAUGUUGCAGCACCUGAAACUCAACUAGAUGGAAAACGUCACAUCAAUUACGAGAUGGAGAAGAAUAGAGGGUUGACUCGUAAACGCAACAAGGAUCUUAAAAACCCGAGAAAGAAGUACAAGUUGAAACACAAGAAGAAAGAAGUUGCGAGGAAAGGGCAAGUACGGGAUAUUAGGAAGCCCGCCGGUCCUUAUGGCGGGGAAGCUUCUGGAAUCAAUACGAUCAGCAAAAGUAUCAGAUUCAAGAGUUGAGCAUUGUUUUUUUACUUUGUAUUAAGGAUAAUAUUAUGAGGUUAACACAAAUUUUGCUGUCAGAUGGUGUACCAAACUUUUACAUAGUUAUUGAUUUUUAGAUAUCUUUAUAUUUGAGAUAUAAAAUUUCUACCUAAUUUUGGCUA